CUCAUGAGGAGAACACGUUCGGUCAGGUCCACAGCCAACAAGAGAGUAAAGUGGAAUAUACAAUGUCUCCAGUAGGUGGCGCUAUGAGUCUCUUACUUUUUGCUCAGUGGGUCACAGUAAUGUCACAGAACAUGACACCAUCUGCAUUGCCAGAGCACAACCUGGGCUUUCCUCAACUGCCUGAAGACUUUAAAGAGAUGGCCAAACAACUGAUGUUGAAAUGUUCCAAGAAAGGUUACCCUCCCCCCAUGCUGAUGAGCUUCUCGUUUAACAGCUCUUCCACGACACCAUUAAACAGAAUGGGGGUGAACCCCAUCUCUCUUUUCCCUGCACUCCUUUCCUCUCUGCCUCAUCUCUUUGUUUCUGCUCCGCACUCUGCACUGAAGGCCAAUGAAACAGCAGAGCAGGAACUAGCCUUGAACCUCACAGAGAAAAUGUGGAACUGCACAAGUCUGCCACAAAUCAUCAAGCUCAUGAGCAACACCACGGAGAAAUGCCAUUGCUUUAUGCGAGCAUUUGUGGCUCCUCUCUCCUGGGCGGCUGUCCUACAGAACGCUACACAGCUUGACAUGGAGCAGCUCAGGACAUUGCUGUGGGCGGCUAAGCCUUUGCUGGAGACCAUGCCCCCCUCUCCUUUAGUGCUGCCAGCCACAGUACAGAGCUCUCAUCUAGCAGAAAUGAUGAAGUUUUUAUGUGAGGUCUUUAGCUCUCUGUCUGAAGGACAGAGGGAACAGAUCAGGCAGUGGAUGAAACACAGAGUUUUGGAAAAUGAUCCCAGCUGUCAACAAAAUGUCACCCUUUCAGCCACCCCUGUUAACUCCUCGUCUCCUGGAUGCGCUGCUAGAAAGCCUUGGCUGAAGGCGGAGGUGCUAAGGAUGAUGGGACGUUUUGUUUCGCGGCUGACUGAGGAGGAUGUGAACAGCAUCCCGGCCAAUGAGCUGUGUAAGUUCUUCCAGAGCCCCGAAUUCCUGCCCUCAUUCACCAACGUGGGCGAGAUGCAGCCUGUGAAUGGACAGAAUUUCUAUCAACGGCUCAAGCGAGAGUGCUCCAAUGGCAGCCAGACCUUCCUGAACCACCUGGACAGGCUUGGCAGUCUUGCUUGUUUCUAUGACGAUGCCCAGUCCCUAAAUGCCACACUGAGUAAGAAGCUGUUGUACCAGCUGGGGAACUGUGAGAACUCUGGAACUGACAAGAUGAAGAAGGAGCUUGUGAGGAAGAUGAUGUCAGACAGUGAGGCUCCUCCCACCCUGGAACUGCUGCGCUCUCUGGGUGCCAGCGCGUCCAUCCUGCCUGCAGCGAAGCUAGCCAGCGUCAGCUCUGAGGUUCUAAGGGACACCCUGUCUAGUCUGAGCCAGGCUCAGUGGAUGCCCGCUCAGGCCAUGGUGCUGGCCAGAAAGCUCCUAGACAAGGAUAAGGACAUCAAUGGUGAGACGCUGUUGGCAAUGGGCUCCAUGGUCAGAGGGGUAGAAAGUGAACUACUGAAGAGAAUCAACUCACAAGGGCUGCUGCGAAAUCAAGGCCUAAAAAACAUUAGUGAGAAGAUGUCUUCAUUACAAAAAAAGGCUCUGCUUGUGGGGAUGCAAAUCAACGUGAGCAUGCCUGAUUUGGUGAAGCAGCUGCCGGACCCACUCCUUCCCUCUCUCUCUCUCUCCACUCUGGACAAAGCUAACAUAAACUCUGUGGACCAGGUGGAUGGCCGUAGCUGGUCCCGUGCACAGUCUGUUUAUCUUUUGAAGAAGAUUUUUGGUAAAACAAUCAAACCUCAGCAAAUAAGAAGCCUGGGCCAGGCUGUCCAGGGCGUAACCUGUGACAUGGUUGGAAAUGUCAAUCAAAGUGAUGCCUUGGAAAUGGCACAGGCGCUUGCCAAUUUUUCUGACUGGCUGUCUAGGUCACAGGUGCACUGCAUCGCCCACAGCUUGUUCCUGAGCCUGGAGAAGCAGAGGCCUGCCUACUUCACAAACAUCAGUGAUGCAGAGCUCCUGGCCAUUCCUGCCCUGCUGCUGGUCCACCUACCAGCAAAGAUGAUUCAGGGUCUCCCAGAUGCAGUGUGCCCUCAUUUCCUGGAGAAGAUGAGUCAAGCCAACUUUUCCUCCCUGGCCAAUAAUGUAUCAUUACGCGGGGAACUCAGAAACAGAGCUCUCCGCUGCCUGGGGAAGAAUGCCUCAGAACUGUCCCCUGCAGAAGUCUUGUCUCUGGGGCCGGUUAUUUGUGAGCUGGACCCUACCUGGAUCUCCUCUCUGAAACCUUCAGCCAUGAACAGUACUCUGCAGGCCCUGGCAACCUGUGGAUACAUUCCCUACUCUUACAGGGGACCUCUCUUCAAGUUGCUCAUUAGCACCUAUGGGGACCCGUCUGGUUGGUCAGAAGAUGUCAUGAAAUCAUUGGGACCACUUCUCUUAUGGAAUGAUACUGCACUUGAGAUGCUGCCUUCCAAAGCCUGGCUGAAGUCGUACCUGUCGGAUCUGCUGGACCGCAUGCUGGCGCAGGCUGCCGCUCCGACUCCGGAGAAGUUCCGUUUCAAGCCGGACCUUUUGGCACUGCGUCACAAACUUUUCUGGCUAAAAACUGGGCUCAACCAGCAGCGGCGCAGGAGAGAGGUGUCUUCAGGAGUGCAGCCUUCUCUGUCAGAGCCUACUCUGUCGGUCAUUGAGGAUCUGGGGCAGGGGAAUGUAUACUGGAGCCCCACCCAGCUCUUCAACAUGACUGCUCAAACGUUCAAAGACGCCGUCUCCGUGCUCGGAGAGAUACGUAAUUACACUGCCGAACAACUCUCGGUGCUCAAGAAGAAAGCUGUUGAGGUAUGGGGGGAUGUGACUAUGCUGAAUGAGACUCAGAUAGUGGAGCUUGGCUGUGUGUCUCAGGGGUUUAAUGAAAAGCAACUCCAAAACUUGAACAUCACCUCACUGGACACCCUAGAACUUCUGUCAGUGUGCAACUGGAAUCAAACACAGAUGGCAGCCAUCUGGCAGGGUUUUACUGACAAAACUGGACUAAAAAUUCUUAAACUUGGAGCACUUGAGAUGGUGGGUCUGGGCUCCUUUAUUUGUGGACUACAGCCUAACCAGACAGAUCAGCUCAAUACUGGAGAAUUCAAGGAGGCGGUGGGGGAAAUAGGCCGUGUCCUGUGCCCACUGAGUGCUCUGGAGUGUUUGAAGAGAAAAGCUGUCGCUGCAUUUGGUGACCCAAAAGGGUGGGGUGAAGCUGAAGUUAGCACCAUGGGCAACACAAUUGCUGGUCUGACUGCCACUGAGCUGGCCAGUCUGAAGUCAUCUGUCCUGCCCUUCAUCCAGCAGUCUGCCAUCUCCCUCAUCCCUCCUGAGCGCCUGGUGGCACUGUCAGUAAGCCAGCUGAGAGCCUUGGGUCCUGACAAUGCUGCCAUGAUAACUGACACCCAGAGGCAAAGGCUGGCCAUGGACCAGAGAGCUGCUGUAGAUGAGGCAGUGGGACUGGCAAUUCGCAGUGACUCCAUCUCCAGCACAACCUCCCCAAAUGCAAUGCCACAAAAAGGAGGGGCCCCAGAACAAACCAUGUUUGGUAUUGUAACUCUUCUCCAGCCUCUUGCACUGCUGUUGCUAAGAUAUAUUCACUGAUAACAGUGAAAUACUUCCUGAAAACAUCUAUAUCUGAAUUACCAACUAUAAUAGACCUCACUGCUAAUGCAAUAACCUGUUUUAGUUAAUAAUUUAUUUUAUAUUAACUCAAAUGUAUAUAGAAUAUCGCUUGCAAAAAAUACUAUUACUGAAAGUGGUAGUAGGCUGGCCUAUUCCAAUCAAGCAGUUCAUCCUCCUAAUAUUUUAAAUAAAAUAUUCUAUUGAGUUACAUAUUCACUCAGUGGCUAUUAAACUAUUUAAUAUAUUAUAGAGGAGUAUACACUAUAACGAUUACUUGACAGUCUGAAUUUGGCCCACUAUUCAGCAUGUUUACACAUGAAAAUGGAAAAGUACAUAAACACAACCACAUUUUAAGAGACAGGGAAAACACAAUAUUUAUUCUUAUUAUACAAUUGUGUAUGAAGUACAAUUGUUUAAUAUAUAUGAGAAUUUCAGACCUGUAAUUUGAGAAUGGAGAUUGUAAAACACUCAAACCAGAUGAACUAGACAAAACUGCAAUGGAGAAAGCUGAAUAAUAAAAAAGAAUGGUUAGUUACAUUUAUAUGGGAUAUCUUUGUACAUUUCAUGCUGGUACUUUACAUAUAUUGUACAACAUGAAACUUGUUUGAUAAUAUUUUGAGAAACCAAGAGUCCUUCAAGAACUAAAUAGAGAAAUGACUCGAACCAAUUUAGAUUUAGAUACUAGUUUUUGGUAAAAGAGAACAGGUAAUGAUUUUAAGAUCUAUGUUCAAAUCAUACUGAUUAAAAGAGACUUGUAAGUGAAAGCUGUCACAAACCUGGAUAUUCCCACCAUCCAUUCUAGGGCCUGUCAAAUGAAUGACUCUAGAAUGAAUACUGAAAAAAAAAAUGCCUGCAUAUUCAUGUUAGGUCAUCACAUGAGCUACAUGAAGGAGAAGUAAUCUGAGAUUUAUAAUGGGUUAAUUUUGGCAUUUCCAGAUUAAGUAUAAUGCUAAAGAAUGAAGGUGGUAAUUAGUUUAGGCCUCAAUCAGGAGGUUUUGGGAAAUUUAAAAGUGCAUGCAAAUAAUCAGAAUCCAAUGUAAACCUACUCGGAUCACAUUUAUCAAUAAAUCAAUAAAAAAACAAAAAACAGGAGCAUUUUAAAUAAGCCUGAGAUCAGAAUCUGCUGCUAAUUAAAUAAUGGACAUUCUCAAACUUAAAAAAAAAAAAAAAAAAAAAGUAAAGAAGGGUGCCUGAUGCUUUUUCUUAGCUGACCGCAAAGAACAAACAUCUUAACGAAGAUCCUAAUAUAGAGGACCUUCAGCUGCCUAGAAAAGGGGAAAAAAAAACAGAACAGUAUUUCCCCCAUUUCCCAAAAUCUAUUUGGGACUCAUCAUCCAGUUAUAUCCUCUUUAAAAGAAAAGA